AUGAGCGACAAGAAGGUUAAAAAUAACAAUAACAAUAAGAGGCCUGCAAGCAACUCUCUCAAAGCGCUUGCCACCAAAAGAAGACAGGUUUUCAAGCCCGUAUUGGAUAGUCCGUACAACGACGAAGAGAUCAUUUGGCCUACCGUUGAACCAUCGCAAAAUGCGGGGAUUUUGAAAGAAUUGGCGAGUUUUCUCCAGAAAGAUAGCGUUAAAAAAUGUAUUGAGGACGCCAAAGAUGCAAGAAUUACUGCUGGCUUCAAUUCCACCACCAAAGCAUUAGAAGAUCAAGCUAGAAUCCUUCGACACCAGAAGAAGACGAAGAAAAAGAAUAAGAAGAAGGAAGAUAAUUCAAUAAUAACGAAAUAUAUUAUAAUUUGUCGAUACGACAUCCAACCUAGAAUGCUACUUGAUCAUUUUCCAAUGCUAUGUUACACCUCGUCCCCGGGGUUCUACGACAGUGACCAACAGGAUGGUGAUGGUGAUAGUAGACGAGUGAAGCUUGUGGCGUUGUCAAAAAAUUCGAAAGAUUUUAUUGGAAAUCAAUUGAAUAAGUCUAAGGACUUUUCAGGAAUCAUAUCGAUGCAAACGGGGAUGGAAUCUCUGGAAAAAUUAGUGGCGAUGUUGGAAAGUAUACCAGAUAUCAAGAUUCCAUGGUUGGAUAAUAUUCAAAUGAAGGAGGGGUUAUACCAGAAACCAGUGCUCAAAUUGUUGAAAACAUCCGCUCCCCUUAGUGCGAAAAAGAAUCAGCGAUGA